GUCCGCCGAGCCAUGUCGUUGAGCCCCAAGCACACGACGCCCUUCUCCGUGUCCGACAUCCUGAGCCCCAUCGAGGAGACCUACAAGAAGUUCGGCGGCGCCAUGGACGGCUCGCCGCCCGGCCUGGGGGCGCCCCUGGGGGCCGCGGCCGCCGCCGCCUACCGCGCGCCGCCGCUCGGCCCCUCCUCGCAGGCGGCGGCGGUGGCGGGCAUGCAGCCGCCGCACGCCAUGGCGGGCCACAACGCGGCGGCAGCGGCGGCGGCGGCGGCGGCCGCGGCCGCGGCGGCCGCCACCUACCACAUGCCGCCGGGCGUCUCGCAGUUCCCGCACGGCGCCAUGGGCGGCUACUGCAACGGCGGCCUGGGCAACGUGGGCGAGCUGCCCGCCUACACCGACGGCAUGCGGGGCGGCGCGGCCGCCGCGGCCACCGGCUGGUACGGCGCCAACCCGGACCCGCGCUACUCGUCAAUCUCCAGGUUCAUGGGGCCAUCCGCGGGCGUGAACGUGGCCGGCAUGGGGUCGCUGACGGGCAUCGCGGACGCAGCCAAGACCUUGGCGCCGUUGCACGCGGCGGCGGCGGCGCCGCGAAGGAAGCGCCGCGUGCUCUUCUCGCAAGCGCAGGUCUACGAGCUGGAGCGGCGCUUCAAGCAGCAGAAGUACCUGUCGGCGCCCGAGCGCGAGCACCUGGCCAGCAUGAUCCACCUGACGCCCACGCAGGUCAAGAUCUGGUUCCAGAACCACCGCUACAAGAUGAAGCGGCAGGCCAAGGACAAGGCGGCGCAGCAGCUGCAGCAGGAGGGCGGCCUGGGGCCGCCACCGCCGCCGCCACCGUCCCCGCGCCGCGUGGCGGUGCCCGUGCUGGUCAAGGACGGCAAGCCGUGCCAGAACGGUGCCGGCACUCCGACACCCGGCCAGGCCGGACCGCAGCCGCCGGCCCCGACGCCGGCGCCCGAGCUCGAAGAGCUGUCGCCCAGCCCGCCAGCGCUGCACGGCCCGGGAGGCGGUCUGGCGGCCCUGGACGCGGCGGCAGGGGACUACGGCGGCGGCGUGCUCGGCGCCAACCUGCUCUAUGGCAGGACGUGGUGA